AUGCUCAGCAAUUUCGUUGUCCUUGCUGCUGUUGCUUUCGGGUCCGCAGCGGCUAUCCCGGCCUCGGACAACACACCGCCUCUCGUGUGCAACACGGCGGACCGGUUCUGUUGCGAUCAAUUCAUUCAGCCCAAUGCUAUCACUCCGGCAACGACCGCAGAGCUUGUAUUGCUCGGCGUCGAUCCCGCCACCCUUACUGCGCCAAUUGGGCUCGGAUGUGACUCCACUACGUUCAUUGGGGGCUUCAGUUGCGAGACCACGAACGCUUGUUGCACGGGUCGCGAUAUCCUGGGUGGUACGGUGGUCCUCGACUGCUCCGACGCUGCAUUCUAA